AAACAGGCUACUAAUACACUACACAAACAGGUUACUAGAACUUCUAAUACACAACACAAACAGGCUACUAGAACUUCUAAUACACAACACAAACAGGCUACUAGAACUUCUAAUACACAACACAAACAGGUUACUAGAACUUCUAAUACACAACACAAACAGGCUACUAGAACUUCUAAUACACUACACAAACAGGUUACUAGAACUUCUAAUACACAACACAAACAGGCUACUAGAACUUCUAAUACACAACACAAACAGGUUACUAGAACUUCUAAUACACUACACAAACAGGUUACUAGAACUUCUAAUACACAACACAAACAGGUUACUAGAACUUCUAAUACACAACACAAACAGGUUACUAGAACUUCUAAUACACAACACAAACAG